AUGGGCUUUCAUAUAAAUCAAUGUUGCUUAUUUAGUCUAAUCAGUUUUUGCACUCUCAUCGGAAAAAAUGAAGGCAUCACACGAACUUAUUUUAUUGGUAUAAGAGAAGAGAACUGGAAUUAUGCACCAGGUGGUUAUAACCGCAUCACCAGGAAACCAGUUAUUCAGGAUGAACAUGCAUCACUUUUUUUGCUUCAAGGUCCUGAUCGGAUUGGAUCUGUGUAUAAGAAAGCAAUAUACAGGCAGUACACUGAUGAGACAUACACACAGGAGAUCCCCAAACCUGCUUGGCUGGGUUACCUGGGUCCUGUGAUUCGGGCUGAGGUUGAAGAUGUUAUAUUGGUCCACCUAAAGAACUUUGCCUCCAGACCAUAUUCAAUGCACACACAUGGAGUCUUCUAUGAGAAAGACUCAGAGGGAGCCCUAUAUCCAGAUAAAAUGUCAGGAGCAAAGAAACAGGAUGACAGUGUACCUCCUGGUGGAAAUUAUACUUAUACAUGGACAGUAAAGCCAGAGUUUGCCCCAGCUCAGGGAGAUUCAAACUGUCUGACUUGGGCUUACCAUUCACAUGUGAUUGCCUACAAAGACAUCUCCUCUGGACUCAUAGGGGCCCUGCUGACUUGUAAGAAAGGAAUCCUGGAGCCUGUUUUCAAAGUGAACAAUUCUCAGGUAUCAGCAGGGGUUACCCACUUCCAGGUGCAAAGAACAGAUGUGGAACAGGACUUCCUUCUUUUGUUUAGUGUGGUGAAUGAAAACCUGAGCUGGUAUCUAGAAGAAAAUAUUCAAACUUUCUGUUUGGAUCCAGCUAAUGUCAGCUCCUCUGAUCCAGAUUUCAAACUCUCUAAUCAGAUGAAUGCUAUUAAUGGAUAUAUGUAUGGAAACCUUCCUGGAAUUGACUUGUGCCAGAACAAAAAAGUUUCAUGGCAUUUUAUUGCCAUGGGAAAUGAGGUGGACAUCCAUUCAGUAUAUUUUCAUGGACAGACAUUGCUUGUACAAGGACAUCGUGUUGAUGCUGUUAGCCUGAUGCCUGCCACCUUUAUGACUGCAGAGAUGAAGCCCUUAACAAUUGGAAGAUGGCUGCUGAACUGUCAAGUUAACAGCCAUAUGCAAGAUGGUAUGCAGGCGAUGUUCAAUGUUUCACUGUGUGCUGGCAAGACAGAUUCUGUCACGUCUCUAAAUGGGACAUUAAGGAAGUACUUCAUUGCUGCUGAACUCAUUCAGUGGAACUACGCUCCAUCAGGAGUAGACAGCUUGACUAAUAUGUCAUUGACUGAUCCUGAGAGCCAAUCAGAACUGUAUUUCAGGAAGAAUAGCGGACAUCUUGGUGGUCAAUAUACAAAGGUGGUAUAUAAAGCUUACACUGAUGGAACAUUUACAGAAAAUAUCGUCAAUGAUGCACACUUGGGAAUACUAGGUCCGGUACUAAGAGCUGAAGUUGGGGAUACUAUAGAGAUCACAUUUAUGAACAAGGCUGAUAGAAAUUACAGCAUCCAACCCCAUGGCCUUCAAUACACAAAGUCAUCAGAGGGAGCUCGAUAUGAAGAUGGCACAGAGAAAAAUGGAUCUCAUGUGCAGCCAGGAGAAUCCUUCAACUACACUUGGCAUGUGCUAGAGGGUCCAUCUGACAGUGACCAGGCCUGCAUUUCUUAUUUGUAUUUUUCCUCCAGUGACCCCAUCAGAGACACCAACUCUGGCUUAUUUGGACCUCUGCUUGUGUGUAGGAAAGGUGCACUGAGCUCCAAUAAUACCCAGAAAAAUGUGGACAAAGAAUUUUUCCUGCUUUUCACUAUGAUGGAUGAAAACCUGAGCUGGUAUCUGAGCGAGAAUAUUCAGACAUAUGGGACAAAUGAAUCAGAUCCAGAGAAUCAGGAAUUUCAGGACAGCAACAUGAUGCAUGUGGUAAAUGGCUACAUGUAUGGCAAUCUACCAGGACUGGAAAUGUGUAAGGGUGACCAGGUCAGAUGGUACAUCCUAGGACUUGGCACAAAUAUGGAUAUACAUGGGGUUUACUUCCAGGCAAACUCUUUCCGCAAAGACAGUACCACUCGUGACACCCUCUCUGUGUUCCCACACACUACUGUCCGGAUUUCCAUGCAGCCAGAUACAACUGGACUUUUUGAAGUGAGCUGCAAAGUUAGUAACCAUUACAUGGGAGGCAUGAAGCAACAGUACAGAGUAAAGAACUGUGGCCAGAGCUUGUCUGCUCCACCCUCUGCUCCCACAGCACAUUACUACAUUGCUGCAGAAGAAGUAGAGUGGGACUACUCACCAAAUCGCGACUGGGAGCUCCAGCUCUUCAACACCACAGAGGAGAAUAGUCCAGGCAGUGUUUUUGUAGGGACUGGUGAAAACAGACUCGGCUCCAAAUAUAAAAAAGUGGUUUAUAGAGAGUACACUAAUGCCACCUUCAUCACCAAAAAGCAGCGGAAGUCUUCAGAGAAACAUUUGGAAAUACUGGGUCCACUUAUUAGGGGAGAGGUCGGUGAAGUUCUUCAGAUUACAUUUCUUAAUAAGGCUAGUCGUCCAUACUCUAUCCAGCCUCAUGGGGUGAAGACUUCACCUCAAAAGUCAACGCCUGUUUUGCCUGGAAACAUGACUAUGUACCGGUGGAUUAUUCCAGAAAGUUCUGGCCCAGGAUCCUCCGAUCCAAACUGUACCACGUUUGCCUACUACUCUACUGUGGACUUCAUUAAGGACACAGUCAGUGGACUGAUUGGACCACUGGUGGUCUGCAGGAAAGGGACCCUAAAUCAGGCGCGGCAAAGACUGGAUGUGGAUGGGGAGUUUGCAAUUCUUUUCUUUAUCUUUGAUGAGAAUAUGUCAUGGUACCUUGAGGAAAACAUUCAAACCUACUACAACAGUUCACAACCUCUGAUCAAAAAUAGUGACUUUGUGGAGAGUAAUAGAAUGCAUGCAAUUAAUGGAAAGAUGUAUGGAAAUCUUCAGGGAGUGGAAAUGUGGCAAGGCGAGAGGGUCAACUGGUAUCUAAUUGGAAUGGGCAGCGAAGUGGAUCUACACACAGUGCAUUUACAUGGUCAGACCUUCAUUUACAAGACAGACCUGCCGCACCGGGCCGAUGUGUUUGACUUGAUUCCAGGAACUUUUCAGACACUGGAGAUAAUAGCAGACACUGAGGGAAUGUGGCUGCUGCACUGUCAUGUGGAUGAUCACAUCCUUGCAGGCAUGGAGACCACUUACACCAUCAGGAGAUCAGGUGCCAGUGCUCUAACUCAACACCUGGGCGUUGUCUUCAUCUCUGCCUUUUUCUCCAGCAUUGGACUAAAGUGA